AUGUGUGGCGCUAAUACGCUUCCGUAUGAGACUGUUAUCUUUGAUGUGAAAAAUAAAAACAACUUCUCUAUUUCUGAAGAGUCAAACUUGGUAACUAUGUUAUAUUUUGUUAUCGUAUCUCUUAUUAUGGUGGUAUAUGUGGACAGCGAGGAAUGUACAAGAAAAGUUACAGAGUUGAAACGGAGUGAAAGGAAAUUGAGAAACGAUAUGGUCCAUCUACAGAAUGUUUUUCUAGAACGUCUUUCCAGAACAGAUAAAUCUAAUUCGGAGUAUAAAAAUAGUAAAGCGUUUGUCGGAUUUUCGGCAUAUUUGUCUGAAGGUUUCGCGAGUGGUCAUAGUAAAUCUUUGUCACAGGGAAAAUCUCUGAUCUUUGACCAGACAGAAACAAACACAGCUGGUGUCUACAACACCAAAACAGGUAUAUUCAAAGCACCAUCUAGCGGGAUGUAUGCCUUUACUUGGACACUCUGUGUAGAUUCCAGAAUAAAUCACGGUGGUAUUGGAGAAUUUGGUACAGAGCUAGUUGUGGAUGGAAAGGCUUGUGGAAAAUUACAUGCAGACACAGAACACGCCGGCGAUGAUGCAUGUUCUACUGGAUUUGUAAUCAAAUACGUCAGUGAAGGCAGGACUGUGUAUUUGAAAAAUAUAUAUAACCAUCAAGGUAUUCUUUUAAGCAAGGAAAUUCAAACACGUACAACAUUUUCAGGAUGGAAACUAAAUUGAUUAAAUUUGAAUAAAGCU